AUGAGUCAGUUUGGUCAACUUGUGUGCUUCAAGUGCCGCAAGAUAUUAAGUUAUCCCUUAGGAGCCGUAAGUUGCCGUUGCCGCAACUGCAACACCAUCAAUCCUGCACAAAACCUCCACAUCACCUGCGGUUGUUGCUUUCGGCAUAUUUUGGUACCCAUCAACACACUCACAUUUUUAUGCCCCUGUUGUGCCACAAUAACGGAUAUACCGCAGUCACUUCUUCCAUUAGUGGAAGGUCCAGUAAGUGUUGGUACAGAAACGGAUCGUGUAGUCAAGACGAUUUAUGUCACAUACCCCGGGAAAGCAAAACCAAAGGAUAAAAAUCGAAAGGGAAUGAAACAUGAUGAUGAUGAUGAUGAUGAUGAUAGGGAAAGUGAAGAAGAGGGUUGCAGCUCUGGUGGUGGUGGUAAUAUUGUGAUGGGCGGAAAGGCAACGGCAACUGGAAGGGAAGGAGGAGGUUGUAAAACAGGACCUCUGGAUGGUGAUGAUGGUGAUGAUGAUGAGCAACUUGUCGGUGAUGGCCAGCGGAGCGUAUCAAACCGACAUGAGGGAUCGAAUGUUAUUAUGGUAGUAGGAACACGCAUAUUAUAG